GGUUCUCACUUCUGGAACUUCAGGAUGAAAUGCUUGGCUUAGCCGCCGAUCCUUAUGCCUAUCCACUCUUCAAAAGUAUGAGUAUAAACAUGAAUGUUCUCUACCGUACAGGUGAAACGCAUCAGGGGACUAUUACAUAUACUCCUCUUCUUCUCUCGAUUGACUUUCAAGGAUCCCUUGGAUCAGUGAGUUCAAAGGGAACACUUUAUAGCGAGAAUUCUAAUGCAUCAUCAGAAGUUGUUACUUGGGUGGGAAAUGUUUCUACUCAUGCAUCUGAACCUAGGAAGAGGAAUUUAUUCUUGCAAAGCUUGUAUCAGGAAGAGCAGGAUGCCCCUUUGAUGAAUGGUAUCCAUGGUGCAAAGGCUUCUCAAAAUGAAAUUUAGGAUACAGAUAUAGUCAGUUCUUUAGAUAAAGGAGUUCAAUUUUGGAAAGACUUCUCAAAAGUCCACUAUCAUCCUCAGAGUUUGUACGAAAUAAAUAGGUUGUGGAUGGAUGCUCAAGAAUUUAAUUAUGGAAGUGGACGGGAUGUCUUCAUGGAGAAUUUACGAGGAGAAGAAAUAUGUGACAGGCUUCGGUUCUUCACAGAAGAGUGUGAUCAUAUCCAGGGUUUUCAAUUCAUUGUUGAUGAUUCGGGAGGUUUCUCCCCACUAGCUGCCGAUUUUUUGGAAAGUGUUUCUGAUGAAUACAUGAACACUCCAGAGUCGCUAUAUGCUGUUAGGGGUCCUAAUUCUCAUAUGAACCUGAGUAGCAGGAAGCAGAAAGUUGUAAGAGAUCUUCAUGAUGCUGUAUCUUUCUCAAGAUUAUCAUGUUUCUGUAAACUGAUUGUGCCCGUUGGUAUACCCUUCUUGAGUAGGAGUAAAGCUUCAACUUUUCCCAACAUUAAAGAUGAGAGUCCCUACCGCUGCAGCGCUGUAUAUGCUGCAGCUCUACAUUCUACUAGUCUCCCAUUCCGCAUGGAGGCACCUGGUCCUACUGCCGAUUCAUCUGAUGUCUGUGGUGCUGUCGAUGUUAAUGGCAUUGUACAAAUGCUAGCAGGACAAUCUAGGCAGAAUAUGUUGGCCAUUCUGGAUGUUGAAAUGCCAGGCCCCAGUUUGACAGGGAGACAGAAUGAGCAAUCUUUGCUUGCAAAUCUGCAGACAUUGACUCCAGAGGAUGUGGAUGAUUGGCAGGCUGUGGAAUCAAUGAAUGUGCAUGGAGCAAUUGGGCCAGGAGGUCGUACCGCUUCAGUUUCUGAAGUUAAGAAUGCAAUACAUGGUGCCUAUGGAUGUGCAACCUCUACGCUAAUGUUCUGCCAUCUAUCAGUGGCUCAAUGCCCUCUUCCAAUUCCCUUGCCAUUCCCUUCAAUCUUUGGUAAUCUUGUUGGCCAACAUGGUGAGCUGCUUGGAAGUCCAAUCUUAGGUUCAGCACCAAGAGGAUCACUCGAUGUUCACUCCAUUCCCAUGACCACUAGAAUGCGAUCCAGCUCUGCUAUCCUUCCAUUUCUGGAGAACAGACUGGGGAGUCUACGUAAAUUUGGUAUCGAGCGAGGAUGUCCCGGAACAGAGUUGCUUAGAAGUUGGGGAUUUGGAAAGGAUGAAGUGGAAGACAUUGGUAAGACAUUGUCCAACAUGGUUAGGAUAGUCAACCCUCAUUCUGAAAUAUCAUCCGAUUUAGAUUCAGAUUAAGUUAAUC